AUGCCCCCCAAGCGCGGCAUUGUUAAGUCUGGCAACUCUGGGAAUAGUUCCAAGUCGUCAAAGCCGGCGCCGAAGACGGAGACCACCGUUGAUCCGGAUAAGAAGUCGCUCUUCCCUCCUGGCUCCAAAUACCCGUUAGCAUUGCUGCAGGAACGAUGCCAAAAACAGGGCUGGGAUAAGCCCUCGGUCAAUACCGGUGACAAAUUCUCGUUUUCCGUUACCCUGAGGAGAUGGAAUAACAAAAAAUCUGAAACGGAGUCAGUCCAUUUGGAACCGCAUCCCCCGUACUUCCGCCCCUCUGCUAUUGAAGCUCGUCACUGGGGUGCGACGUAUGCUCUUUAUCGCUUCUGCAACGGCAUUCAGCUCAAUCGUGUUCUUCCCCCGGGACCCCGAGAGUACUGGAAUGAGCUGGCGACCGAGCACAGAAAUUGUCCUGAACACCAGAAAUGGAUGUACUAUGCUGACCCUUUUGAGGCUCGGAAGGAAGUUGAUGAGCGUCAGGCUAAAGCUACGCAGAAGCGCGGGGACAGCGUUGCGGAUAAAACAGAGAUAAAGCCUCGAGAGGCUGCCUCUCCCGAAUUCGCGCAGGCUCCAGAAGUUCGCAUGGCAGGAGCUUUGCGUGAUCUCGUCGAAGACGCGGUUAAGCAGGGAAUAGCUUCAUUUCCAGAAGCAAGCAUCGAAGAUCCUCUUGUUAUAUCUGAGCAAGGAAAGGCGGAUGUCUUAAAGCAGCUUCAGACCCUGGGAUUCACCGCACCGCAAGCUAGGAAGGCAACGCAGGCGCUGUCUCAGCCCUCAUCAUUGACUUCGACAUUGCUCUCGUCAUGGCCUCCCUUGCAGGCAUGCAUUGAAUAUAUCAUCCUGCAUGUUCCGGAGUGCGACUUGCCGGAGCGCUUUUUGCCUUCCCGGAACUCCUCGGAUCCAUUCGUAUCAUCCACUCAUGGUGCAACUGAUAAUCUGAAGACUCGUUGGAUGCAAGAGAAGGCCGUCAAGAUAGCCGGUUUUCCCGUACAAGCCGUCGAAAAGGUUAUCGAAGACGGAAGUUCGUCGUUCACUUGGAGUACCCUUUUACAGACGUUGAAUGCGCGACUCGUGGGAGAAGAUGUAGCAGUUCAAGUGGACGAUGCCGAAGGUGACGAGGAUGCAAUUGUCGACGAGAUUUCCAUGGAGGGCACGGGCGCAUUCUUCUCUGAUGGCGAGCUCGUUGUUCCUUUGUAUUCCACUCCAGGGGGGCAACUGCACUUGCUUGUGGAAAGCCAUUCCCCCGCUUUAUAUUGCUCCAACCCGCCUCCCAUGUACAUCGCGUCCCCGUCGGUGCCAGCCUACCUCCGGCUGCAUCUUCUAGCGCGACUGAUUCAUGCAUGCCGGACGGGCGAAGUGGCCGAAAAUGGCGUGGGUUUCCUUAUUACCUCCAUCGGAUUCCUCGACCAAGAAUGGACUAUACUGGAAGACAAGGGACCGCCCGAGAUCACUACUGUCUUGAAGCACCUCUUGCCACAGCUUGAGAAAUCUGCGGAAGGCGAGCUUGCAUCACGCCAGGACGUCGCACGGAACAAGUCACGGAAGCAAAGGCGAACACCAACUCGGGAUCCCCGUACCGACGCCGAGAUCCUCCAGGAAUUUCAAAAUUUGUGCCACAGUAACAAAUACUCGGCUAUGUUUGCGAUUCGAGAGAAAUUACCAGCAUUCACUGUCAAGGAUCGGUUCAUCGACAUGUUAGAGACCAAUCGUGUUGUCGUCGUUGUCGGAGAAACUGGAUGCGGCAAAACUACGCAGCUUCCCCAAUUUAUCCUUGACCACCUGAUCCUUUCAAAGCAAGGAGCGAGCGCCUCCAUUGUGGUCACACAACCCCGCCGCCUGUCUGCCAUCGGUGUUGCUGCUCGCGUCUCUGCUGAGCGUAUCGAAGACGGCAGUGUUGGAUAUGCUAUUCGAGGCGAAAACAAGCAAAGCAAAUACACGAAACUCCUGUUUUGUACCACCGGUGUCGUCCUGCGACGUCUUGCGGCCGGCGAUAGUCUCGACGAUGUCACGCACGUAGUCAUCGACGAGGUCCACGAGCGCUCUGUUGAUAGUGAUUUCUUGCUGUUGGAAUUGAAGGGGCUGUUGCAACGGCACAAUAAGCUCAAGAUAAUACUGAUGUCCGCUACAGUGAAUCAUGAACGAUUCAUAGAGUAUUUCGGCGGUGCUCCUUUGCUGAUGAUACCGGGCUUUACCCACCCAGUUACUGACAUGUAUCUGGAAGACUUCAUCGGCCGCCUCGAUUAUCGACUUCCUGCGAAUCUCCAAGGUCGGAAUGCACGCAGCAAAGAGCAAAUCAAGCUACUAAAGGAAGAGUACGAGGAUGAUACCCUGGAUGCCAACGUCCUACAGUACGUUGCUCGGUCUGAAAGGAUCGAUUUCCAGCUUGUCGCAGCGAUAACUAAAUACAUCGUCACAACUGCUCCCGUGAAGGGUGGCGUGCUUAUAUUCCUACCCGGUGUACAAGAAAUCCGGCAAUGUAUCCAGGUCCUACGCAGCAUAUUGGCCGGAACCGACGCGGAUUUCUUCCCUCUUCAUGCCAAUCUCUCGAGUGCCGAACAACGCGCGGUUUUUGGAAAGACGGGGAAAUGGAAGAUAAUAGCAGCCACUAAUGUUGCUGAGACGUCUAUCACUAUCGACGACGUUAUCUACGUAGUGGAUUGUGGCAAGGUCAAGGAGACCGGUUAUGAUCCUGCCACUGGAAUGUCUUUACUCGAGGAGAAGUGGGUUACACGUGCUGCCGCGCGACAAAGGCGCGGUCGUGCUGGCCGAACGCGACCGGGUGUGUGUUACAAGGUCUACAGUCGGAAGCAAGAGGCGAAAAUGGGCAAAUACCCUAUACCGGAAAUCUUGCGCGUACCCCUCGAAAGUGUCCUACUCACUAUCAAAUCUAUGCGAGAGGAUGCAGAUCCAAAGGCUUUCUUGUCGCAGGCGAUCGAUCCUCCGAAAGUCGAUGCGCUAGACAAGGCGUGGUCAAUCCUGGGCCAGCUAGGUGCCGUGGAUGAAGACAACAAGCUCACCGCCCUAGGCAGGUAUAUGUCAAUGUUACCCCUCGAUUUACGAUUGGGAAAGAUGCUGAUCUUAGCUACUGUAUUCCGAUGCUUGGAUCCUGUGCUCACGGUGGCCGCUUGCCUUUCGUCGAAACCACUGUUUUUGAGCCCGAUAGAUCAACGGGACGAGGCGUCACGAUCGCGGGCACGAUUUGCCGCUGGAGGCAGCGAUUUGCUGACUGACGUGCGCGCAUACGAAGAAUGUAUGCAACUCCGCUCAGAAGGGAAAGGCGAGGGCGCAAUGAAGGUUUUUUGCACAGAGAACUUCAUCUCUCCAUCGACUGUUCGCGAUAUCACGUCCCUUCGAAGCGAUCUGCUCGGCGCCUUGUCGUCCAUCGGUUUCGUUGCUUUCGGGAGCGAUCUUGCGGAUCCAACCCUCAAUGCAAAUCGUGCGAACCAGAACCUUGUAAAGGCUGUUAUACUAGGCGGCCUCUGGCCGCGUGUUGCGCGUGUCUCCCUUCCCCAGUCCGCCAUCAAAUUCGACAAGGUUCAAGCAGGGACUGUACAGCGGGAAAACGUAGCGAAGGAAUACCUGUUCUUCGACGUAGACGCCGGCUCAGAGCGAGUUUUCCUCCACCCGAGCUCCGUCCUGUUCAAGAACAAUAUCUGGAAGUCGCAUUUCUUAGCCUACUUCCAGAAAGCACGUACCUCCAAGGUGUUCUUGCGCGAUGCCACCGAGCUGCCAACGUACGCAUUGCUCCUGUUCGGUGGGCCUGUGACAAUCAACCACAUCGGCGGCGGUUUGGUCGUGGGCGACAAGGAAAGAUGGGUGAAGUUGAAAGCGUGGCCGCGAAUUGGUGUCUUGGUCAACCAUCUGCGGCGCCUCUUGGAUGCGCAGCUGCAGCUGUGCAUUGAAGAAGGGAACUCCCUAAGCAGCGGGGAGGAUAGUCCUGUUUCGCGCGCUAUCUGCGCUUUGCUGGAAGGAGAUGGUCUUUCGAGCACAAGCUAAAUGUUGUUGCUCAACCAAGCCUUACUUCAGUCUGCUCAGUAUAUCAGCCAUGCCCACUAUCAGAUAGUCAAGGAAUGCCGCGAUAUUCUUGCCACAGAAUUAAUGACGACGCCGACAAGAAACGAUGUUGCUUUGACUUAUACGUUGAUGCAUAUAUGGGUACAUGAUGCGAGUUGGGAUUAUGCGUUAUGAUGCGAGGGCGAUGAUAUUAUACGGAUGAAAUAGAUAUGUCAUAACUGAGUCAGAGCUCGCAGUGGAGCAUUAAGGAUCUCUACCAUCGACUUCAAUCAAAGAGCUCAGCCUGUCCCUGAGGUCGCUCGCGUCUACAGAAUAAUGCCUGGGUUUCGUAUUCGCGCGUCUCUGGAUUUCCGUGUUAAGGGACCUGUGUAGCUUGCGUCCACUAUCUCCGGCGAUAGAAUAUCUGGUGCUGGCGCCGAUGCCGCCGAUGGAAGAUAACGUUCUCGAAAAUGGGCGUUUGCCCGGGAUCGGCAUAGGCGCGUUGUAAGGGGGCGAGUACGGGUUUGUGCGAUUGGGACGAAUGGAGCCCGAAGUCGACGGCAGACGAGACAUGACCGGGGUGAUGGGAGAGGACGUGGAUUGAGGAGAAAGGGAGACAGAGAGGGGCUCGAGCGGAGACUUAUUGCCCUUCAAGACCUUGGGCAUUUGCAGCUUCAUGCGUCGCACGAAAGAUGGCUUUGAGCUCUGCCUAGAAUAGGGGAUCCGCUCGAAGUUGAUGGACUCGUCGCUGGCCGGUGUCAAGGGUUCGCAUGAGGUGGUCGUGGUAACAGACGAAGCGCAACUUUUGGUGCUGUUGUCGAUGACAUCGGAGCACGCGCCUGCGCUGGACAUGAAGAGCUCGUUUGCGGCCGCCGACGUCCUCUUGCUGUCAUCGCGCGUGAAUGCCAUGCGCGAGGACGAUAGACGAAAGAGUUGGGGCCGUCCUGGUUCCGCAUUGUUGCUCUGCCUGACAGCCAGUGCGGGUCUCCGUGCACGGGAAAGCAUAGCGAAGUUGGGAAGAUUGAAGGCGGUUCGACGAGGUGAGGGUGUUUCGACCGGGAACGUCGGACGCUGUUGGGCGCCAGAAAUAACCAGGAACGUCACGCGCUUCGGCAUGGGGGGUUUGGUUGGGACAGAUCCUGCCUGUUUCGCCUGGCGGGAUGAUUCCGCCUCACGCAAGCGAGCAGGAAUAUCUAUGGCAUGAUAAUCUCUCAGGACGGGGAGGAUGACCCGAAGAGCGCCAAAGAGUAUGCCAAACAGGAGCCAAGCGAGUGCAAGGCAGAAGGCGAUCAUUUUAGGGGGGAUUUCGACGCGGCAGCUCGAGCUGACCGCGAGCUGCAUCGCGGUAUCGUGCGAGUCGUUAGGGGUCGUCAGUGAAUGUUGAUUGUGGCUGGAGAUCGAUGGAAUAGCUCGUCAAGUGUAGUUGUCGUGCUGCCGGGAUAUGAACUAUGAUUUAUAGGCCAUACUGCUGAUCGAGCGGAACGGCAGCAACGAAAGGGGAGGAUGCGCGCGCGGGAUGGCGAACCGAUCGGCGGCAGCGGGGUGUCCAGAGAGGGAGCGACCACCUUUAACGCGGUGGGAAGAGGAGAGUGGGCCCAUCCCCGCCAGACGGGCGUCUGCGGUGCCAUGGCCGAUUUCUCUGGCGGUGGUACGAUUCGACCGAGACGUCAGUUCAGCGCCGCGCUACCCGCAGCACAGCCACUCGCAGAUCUGCUACGCCAGAUUAUCACGUGCCGCCCUCCUGGCCGCGACCAGCUGGCGCGCCUCCUCCGCUUUGCGCUCUCGCCAUUCGCACCCACUGCGAUAUUCGCAUGUGAAACACCGCCCGCUGUUCUCCACCUCCACCCCGCGGGGCUCACGUCGGCCAUGCCACCAUUCUAGCACAGUCUGCAGAUGCCUGUCAAGCAUCUCACCGUCAAACCGAAACAUCUUCCUGCCAACGAUGUGAAGGUCGGAAAGCAAGGGCUCAGUGACCUCGUUCAUAGCGUCCACUUCUUCUCGUUUCAAUUCUUCAGCGUCUCCGGCGAACUGAGUGUGCAGGCUUGCCGACGAGUGGCUACGUGUCAUACUGCGAACCUUCGCAGUGUCAGUUGUGGCACCCGAAUCUGCCAGAUCACCAGUCGGCCGGACAUCUGCGGUACAUGUACCAGCCGAUGUAUCAAGAGACCCGGACACGGAUAUACCAUCCUGACUCUGGAGCGAGAGCAAUAUCGCCGCCGCUAAGUCUUGAUCCCAUCGAGAAUCAACGGCCUCGGGAGCGAUGGUGUCGCCAGUGAAGCCCUCCACAGCAACUGUCCUAUGAUUUGGUGGUAUACCGCGAUCUCCGGGACCGAUUUUCGGGGAUUCCUGGCGCGCCGAAUGGGAGAAAAGGUCGCUCCGGCUGCUCACCCCAGGCUUGCGGUAGACAAUCUCCAAUUCAUCGUCCAAUCCUCCGGUGCCUCUAUCAUCCACGGCCAAAUCAAGCCUUUGUACCGCAUCUCUCCAUGCUUGAACCACGUUCUCCAAAUUAAGCGAAAGAACGAAGUAGUCGGCAUCUUCUACAUGAACAGCGUCUGGGCGAAAAUGGGCUUUAGGGCUAGAUGACGUAAGCGGUAUGCCAUAGUUCUCCAAAAGGCCAGGUAUAAUCAGAGCUGCCUGUUCCAAGAAAGCUCUGGACAACGGUUUACGAUCGUCGACACCCACCAAUUCCCAAAACAGCGGGAACUCGAAGCCUCCUUCAGGGGAGCACAAAGCAAAGUCAUCUGGGAUUCGCGAAUCUUGCGCGCAAGGUUUGAGAACUGCUGAGAGCAAUUGAUGGUAUAGCAUGAGCUGGAGCCGAGCAGGAAGGGUAUCCUCAUGCGACGGAAGCCCAGGUCGAUGGCGCGUUUUGGUGUCCGAGAGAUGUAGCACGAACUUCGUCUGGAUGUUCCCAUGCAGAGCCG